CGUCCAUCCAACUACCCACUUCACCAACCCGUCGUCUCUUCGACUCCUCAAAAACCCCCUUUUCCACAACAACACACACUCUCUCUCUACGCGAUCGGAACCCUAACCCUAAUCUGCAUCUCCCCUUCUCCGAUCAUGGGGCUCUACGCGGCGCUCGCGGAGGCGAUCGACGCGUACACGGGCCUCUCCCCCGCCGCGUUCUCCACCAUCCUCGCCCUCAUGGUCGCCGCUUACUUCCUCGUUUCCUCCAUGUUCGUCCACCCCGACGCCCUCCCCGAGAAGCCCUCCUCCGCCUCCCACCCCGCCGCUCCGGCGACGGCGCCGCCGCCGCCGUACGUCCCGGCGGAGCCCGUCCAGGUCGGGGACAUCACGGCGGAGGAGCUCAGGGCUUAUGAUGGAUCCGAUCCCAAGAAGCCCCUGUUGAUGGCGAUCAAGGGCAACGUUUACGACGUGUCGCUGGGGAGGUUGUUCUAUGGACCUGGUGGACCAUACGCCUUAUUUGCAGGAAAGGAAUGUAGCAGAGCCUUGGCUUUGUUGUCCUUCGAUCCGAGAGACAUUAAUGGAAACCUUGAAGGCUUAAACGAAGCUGAACUAGACGUUCUACAAGAUUGGGAGGAGAAAUUCAAGGAGAAGUAUGCUAAGGUGGGUCAGAUUGUUCAUGAACAUACGAAAGCUGGAUGUAAUGGAAGCAGCGAGCAAACGGAAAGUAAUGUAGACACUCAUCCAGAACCAAGUAAUACAAGUUAGAGAAGUUGACUAUAUUUGUAUCAGUUCAGAAUCUGAAGUGCAGUAUUUACUCCCUUGAUCCUGGGCAAACGAUACUAUGAUAGUGGUUGCGCAUGUUCACCGAGUUAUGUAAUUUUCCCUGAUAGUGCUCUUUUACUUGAAUCACAACCCUUUCUGUAGCAUUUUUUGGGCUAUAAAUUCUGUGAGCUAGCUCUAUAUAUUCUUCUUAAAUUACGUGCUAUUGUUCAUUUUACCCUGUAAUUCUUGACGAUAUAAUCGUAUCUGGUUGUGGUAUGUUAUGAUUGUCUGAA